AUGGCUGGCUGGCGGCGACUUCCAAAAGCGAAAGUGCACACUCGCAGACGAUCCACAAUCCCUCUGCUUUUCGACGGAGCCGAGUCCGACCAUCGAUACAUUGUAAGGUCUCCGUCUGGCGAGCAUCUGCACGACGUUUGUGCGCUCAAGGACGCCCGUUUGGUCGAUAAGGUUUGCGAGAGCUCGUGGGACGGGUUUCUGAGCUGGCGCAAGAUGCCUGUGAAGGAGAAAACUGAAAUCUACUCGAAUUUGGCCGCGCAACUCACAAGUCUAAAAGACGAGUACAUCCAGGCCCAUUUGGAGAUCGGGGUACCAGGCUGGAUGAGCGGGUUCAAUUUCCAGGGAUUUUUGGAUAACGUGAACCAAUACAAGGCUUUGUUGACAACCCGGGCGGCUGGAGUUGUUCCUGUACAAAACAUGGACAUGCAACACCAAAACGAUCUCUCCAUGGUGGUCCAAGAGCCUGUUGGCCCGGUUUUGAGUAUCGCUCCAUGGAACGCUCCGGGGAUUCUUGCUGCACGGUCUGUUCUGGCACCACUGACGGCCGGAUGCUCGGUGAUUGUCAAGUCAAGCGAUCUUUCCGCCCGGAUCUCGUAUUUAACCGUCAAGGCUUUCCACGAGGCAGGAGUUCCUGCCAACGCCGUGAGUCUUGUGCAUUGCGAGGCAGACCACGCCCAGCAGCUCGUGGACGCUCUGAUUGCGCACCGUCGUGUGAGGAAGGUCAACUUCACCGGGUCCACGCAGGUGGGCUCGUCCAUUGCUGCGGUAGCAGGAAAACACCUUAAACCAGUGCUAUUGGAACUAGGCGGCAAGAACUGCUCUGUGAUCACCAAAGAUGUUGCGGACCUCGAGACAGCCGUGCGCACAAGUCUCUGGGCAAGUUGGGCCCAUAAGGGCCAGAUCUGUAUGUGCACAGACUGGAUUUUUGUGGAUGAAAGUAUUCAGACCAAAGCUUUUGAGUAUAUAAGCAGAAUCGGAUCAGAGAUGAUUUCCAACGAUGCGGACUUGGAAAUACCUCAAAGAACAACCAACCAUGCUCUCAACGCCAAGAAUUUGGUCCAGGACGCUCUGGAAAAGGGAGCCACCUUGCUUGCUGGAACGCCAGACUUCUCUGCAACCAGCAAGUUCCAGCCGGUGGUUCUGGCCAACGUUACACCCGCCAUGAAAGUGUACUCGACCGAGACUUUUGCGCCGAUCGUCUGUGUUGGCACCUACAAUACCACCAACGAGGUUGUCAACACCAUCAACGACCUGGACCACGGCCUAAAGUGCUCUAUAUGGAGCUCGAACCAUCUCCAGGCAUACCACCUGGCAGGCCAGAUCGACGCCGGCUCAGUGCACAUCAACUCGCCCACGGUCAUGGACGAGGCGCAUCUCCCGCACGGUGGCGUCAACAAGUCAGGCUACGGCCGGUUCAACUCCCAUUGGGGCGUGCAGGAGUUCAGCUACCCUAAACUCGUCACUUUGCGCGAGUGA